GCGUGGACGUGACUCGGAUGGAAUAGAGGAAGCCCAAACCGAAACCCAAAGACCAGAAGUCAAUUUUACGCGAUGUCUGAAUAGGAAGGAACUUUGUGCUCGAACGAAAGUCAGAAAAAAGAAAAUGUGAAAGCGGGAAAAAAAUGAAGAAAAAUAUGCAAAAGUGCGAAAACAAAGAGAGGAAAAAUUAAGACAAAGUUAAACCACUUGAUGUCCCCUUGGGUGUCCUGUGUCUUCUCCGUGUCCUCUGUGUCCUGCCGUGCCGCCUGUCGAGUGUCUUUUGCCGAAAUCACUUUUAAAAUUUGUUUGCUCUUUCCGUAUUCAAAUGGAUAUUAGAAUGCCGCGCUGAACUGAACACCCAACGAGCAAGAAACAGGGCCAACACCAAAACAGAGGAUUUCGCCAAGGAUGCGUAAGCGUCCGCCGUAAACGUAAAAAAGGGAUUAUUGUGCAUCAUUUCGGGCAUCAAGAAAGAAAAGAAAGCGUAAGAGGCAGGCGAAGGAGAAAGUAUAUCCUCGAGUCGGAUUAUGCGAUAAAUUGUUACUGAAGUGGCUUAAACGGAUUUGUGCUGUUGAACAAAAUAAGUUUUCGGAAAGACCAAAAAGCCAAAUAAACAAAUUGGAUUACCAUACAAUAAAGUCGAGUUCAGAUGGCAGUUUGUUUGUCUAUGCUGGUGCCACUGCAGCGCCAAUAAAAGUUUACCACUCGACAAAGGCGAAAACACUUAAAUAAAUAUAUAAAUCAAGCAACACAAAAAUAGUGCAAAACUAGAGAGGACAAACGAAGUAAGCAAACAAUGAGACUGCAAGAAAAUCGCUUGAGAAAACGCAUCGAGAAACUUGUGGCCAAAACCCCAUAAAGAAGAAAUGCAGUUUUUUGCUGUUGCAAAUAGAAAAUAAAAUCGAAUGAAAAUAAAGUAAAAUCAAAUAAAAUAAAAUAAACUAAAGGCAAACCGGAUAGAGGUUAGAUGAAAACCCAAAUAGGAGGCAAGCCAAAACCCAGCCCCAAGCGUAUUAAUUCAAUAAACCUAUUUAUCUGAGACUUCGACUGGGAUUUGGAGAAGCCGAGCGGAGAAUGCGACAAAGUUUGCCAGCCAAGACGGCGCAGUGCAAUCAGCAGAUCCUUUCCUUGGUCCUAAGGAGCACGAGGAGCCAGAUUCGAUGCCGCAAACGAGUCCCAAUUGGAGGCAGGCGGACAAUGAGCGCACAAAAGGCGCUGUAAGUGUCAUUGCAGCCAGGAACUGGGCCACUGGGACUGCCACGCAGGACUAGAACCAGAAGAGCAGGAACAGCAAUAGCAGUAGUAAUAGUAGCAGCAGCAGCAGCAGCCUUAGUAGCAGAAGGAACAGAAUCAGCAGUACCAGGACGACGCGUACAACAGCAACGUUGACAACCGAGAUGACAUUGGCAGGACGAGCAGGACGAAUGGGAGGUGGAGCGCCGUGGUGUCGCCGAUUUUUCCAUAUAUCCCGACCAGCAUCUUGGCUGCGCAUCAUCUUCGUCCUUUUGGCCCUACUGGCUCUUGGCUUUGGGAUACAAGUAGCCACCUGCAGUAGUCACGAGCUGGGAACGAAUCCAGAUCCAGUGGUCUUGACACAGGGACUGAAAGUUGCUGAGGGACAGCUUGCGACUACCGCAAGAUCCACUUUGCCAGAUAGGCCAAUGACAACACAAAACGAUCUAAUUACGACAGCCAGCAACUUGACGACAGCAAAAAAGCCAGCAGCAGGAACAGAGGCAGCAUGGAGCUCCACGGCCGUAGUUGCCCCGAGCAUGUCAUCAGCAGAUAUAGCAGGAGAAACGAUAGCAACCAGCCAGUCAGCACAAAUUGGGCUAACUACUCAGGCCACAGAACGGCAAACUGAAGCGCAGACAGUAGUAGCAGGAGCAGCAGCAGCAACAGCAGCAACAGCAGCAACCGCAGCAGCAACAUCAACAGCAGCAGCAACAACUCAGACCGCAGCAGAGAUGCUCAUAUCAACAAUUUACCCAGCAUCAACGGAAACGGAUGUGCACAACUCCAUUGAGCGACAGCCAGGACGAAGUGAAAAGAUGGCGCAUCCGGGUGUCGCUGAUUCAUUGACCAAGGGCUUUUCCAUUCCGACCUUCCUGCCGCCAUUUCCCGUUUUUGCGGCAGCGGAUUUGCCCGCUUACCGUGCCGCUGCCGAUGCCGCUGAGGCGGCUAAGUUGGCUGCGGAGGCCCAGGCCCAGGCACAGGCAGAGGCAGCAAAAACAUCCUCCGAAGCCGUGACAAUGUCGCCGGAGGAGCUGCGCCGGCAAAUGUUUAAUGAGCAGCACUCCUACCUGGCAGCCCAUCGGGAUGGCACGGGGCCACGACGUAACCUCACAAUGCCCGUGCUAAACAUUACCGCCCAGAUGGGAAACCACGCCUACAUGCCAUGUCAGAUACAUCGACUUUCGGAUAAGCCCGUUUCGUGGGUGCGCAUGCGUGAUAACCACAUCAUCAGCGUGGACGAGACCACCUUUAUAGCGGAUGAGAGAUUCCAGUCGAUAUUCCAGGAGGAUCAUGACUACACCUGGUCACUGCAGAUCAAAUACGUGGAGCCCAACGAUGCUGGGUGGUACGAGUGUCAGAUGGCCACGGAGCCAAAGCUGAGUGCCAAAGUGCAUCUGCAGAUAGUCAAACCCAAGACUGAGCUGAUUGGGGAUCAGAGCCGCUUUGUGAAGGCGGGCAGCAAAGUGGCGCUGCACUGCAUCGUCCGUGGAACCUUGGAUCCGCCCAAGUACAUAAUCUGGUUCCGGGGCCAGAAGAAGAUAAGCGAAAGUGACGAGCAAACUGGCUGGUACACGCAGCUAGAUAGGAAUAUAUUCGGAACCGUGGGCGAUAAUCAGAACACGAUCGGAUCAUUAAUUAUACCGCUCGUGCGGAAAGAGGAUUCCGGCAAUUAUACGUGCCAGCCGUCGAACAGCGUCUCCGUAUCCGUGGACCUGCACGUGCUAAGCGGUGAAUAUUCCGCAUCGGCCAUCAUGUCAACGGCGGCAAGGACGACGAAAGGCGGUAGGAGCACGUACCACGCGAUGCUGGGACUCCUGGGAAUCCUUGGACUUCUCUGGGCAAUGCAGGGAGAGAUGCACACACCACCGGCCCAGACGUGACUCGCCUAUUGAACGCCUGGUCGUGGCGUCCGACUUCCAAUUAUUUGUAAGCUUUUGCGCCAUCUGCAGUUACGUAAUUUAGGUUAGAGAUUAAUUAAAGGCGGCCUUGUAAAUAGCGAUGAGAACAGCAGGAGCCCCGUCGACGCAGAAUUGACGGUUCUGUAAUUAGGUUAAAACGUUACCAUAACUCUCAUGUCUGCGUGUCUCACAUUAUCCGCUCUAUCCCCUAGCCCCUACUCCCCCCCAUAUCCAUUCCCAUAUCCAUCCCAUACUGAAUUCAAUCUAAUGUACAAUUCAAUUUAAGCAGAACCCCCAUUUCAAGUUGUGAAAUCGAAUCAAUAAUUAGAUUAUUGUCAGAGAGAGAUAAUAUUAUUAAAUGAAAAUAAUAAAACUGAAUCAUAAAAAUCC